AAAGCACCGAGAGGUCCAGAAGCCACAGCCAGAGACAAUGAUGCACCGCAGCUUGAUGCGAACCGGAACCGCCCUGACCAAGCGCACAGCGCCGCGUCCCUCGUCGGGUGUGCGCCACUUCCGCAAGAGCGCCCCCACUAAGUACACCGAGAACAAGGAGCUCACGGGCCUGGCUGGCAUCGUGGAAGCCGACAACCACGCCCUCUCGGUCAAGCUGCAGCACCUGACGAGCGUGGGCCUCAUGGGCGCCGUGCCGCUCGCCUUCGUGCUCAGCCCGUCGCCACUGGUAUUUCCCGUGGAUCUGAUACUGGGCGUGAUCCUGCCGGUGCACGCCCACAUUGGCAUGAAUAACGUCAUCUCAGACUACGUGCCCAAGAACGUCCGCACACUCGCGCGUCUGGGAUGGCUCGGUGCCACAUCGCUCAUGUUCUUGGGCCUGCUGCGUGUGAACCUGGAGGGGCCUGGCAUCACGGAAGUCGUCAAGACCGUGUGGCGGGAGUCGCCCAACAAGAAGAAGCUCGAGGCGUAGAUGGUCGACUGCUGAGCUUCUACGUCUCUCGUAUCGUGUUGGGAACAGGAGCUAUUCAACAAAGACUAAGCCGAGAUGAAGGCACAGAUCACAAAACUGAGGUGGUGUGACUUAAACUGAGCAGCUACUUAAUACGACCUUGAUGAAAAGAGCUCUACAUGUACUCUUGCAAUAGCGGCGUGGCUCUAAUGUUAGUAUCCUCCGGGAAGCCUCUAGGUGCACGUCGUCUGAUUGGAUGGUAUCAGCAGCGUAGCUUGGCCAUCGACGACGACGACGCUAUUGCUCGCUUUCAUGCACACGGUCUCACACUCGACAAAGCGCUUGCGGACUUUCACCACGCGGAUGUGAGCUAUCACCUUCUCGUCCACCAGCAAAGGUGCUCUCCAACGUAGAUUCUGCUUGACGUACACGGCGCCCGGUACAGUACGGCCGAAAAUGGUGGCGAAGAGACUUGCGGACAAUAGUCCCUGCACCACGGGUUUGCUCUCAGCUGCGUGCUUUAGAGCGAAGUCGGCGUCUACAUGCAGAGGAUUAUUGUCGCCUGAAAGUCGGGCAAAGGCACGUGUGUCCUCAAUCGAGAAAGCAUGAGUCACCUGAGCCUCCACACCAACCGCCGGGAUGGUGCCCACUGGGAGCUAGCAAAUGUUUCUCGUGUCAGUCAAAGCAAAUGCAACACAAUACAAUGCAAUAAUAGCGUACACUCACCUGGGU